CUUGUUAACUGCACACCCAGGAAUUUGUCAUUGGAAUGGCUUGCCUCUGGAAGUUUGCAGCCACUCCACCACUGGAGAUUUUUAAGAAGAGAUGGAAUAGCCACUUGUCUGCCAUGACAUGGGGUCUCCUGCUUGAUCAGGGGUGGGCUAGAAGACCUCUACGAUCCCUUCCAGCUCUUAUUAUUCUAAAUUCUAAGUCUGCAAGAUCAAGUUCAGCUUGUUGGGCUGCAAAUCCUAAAAUGACCACAAGAUGCCAGCAAAGUUUUCUUUAUAUUUGGCUGUCAUCUAAUAGUUCUGAAUCUUGCAGCUGCCAUAGUACAAAAAAUGAACAUUAUAGCAACAUUAUGCAAAGCUUGGUUAUAAAAAUUAAAUGACAUCAGUAUUACUGCUACAUGACCGGAAGAUGAGAUUAGUUUUAGACAGCUGUGAAUUGAGAGUGCAGAUUAAAGAAGCAGUGGCUAUCCCCACUGAAAAACAGAAUCAAUUAAAGAUUAAACUUUGAUGACAAAUUAUUUAAACCCAAUUUGUAUUAUAUUUUUUUUCUUAUUCCUUCCCUUGUCAGGGCAAGUGUUCUAUCGCUACCUUUUCUUAUCUUUUUGUUCUCUUUCUUUUUUUUUCUUUUUCUUUUUGCUGUUUCUAUUGGGAGCAAGGACGGGACGGAAGGGGAGAAAGAGAAUGGAGCCUUCAAAAAAGAUGCAUAAAGGGGAGCAGAAAUCAAGGAAAUUUUUGAAAAGCCUUAUACAGAAGCGGCCCCAAGAACUCCUGCUAGUAAUUGGAACAGGGGUGAGUGCUGCUGUUGCGCCAGGAAUCCCAGCCUUGUGUUCGUGGCGGAGUUGCAUUGAAGCGGUCCUUGAAGCAGCUGACCAGCUAGAAGUGUUGCAUCCUGGAGAUGUGGCUGAUUUCCGGCAAAAAGUCUCCAAAGACCGAGAUUUGCUUGUGGUUGCACAUGAUUUAAUCCGAAAGAUGUCACCGCGCACCGGGGAUGCUAAGCCCAACUUUUUCCAGGACUGUUUAAUGGAGGUAUUUGACAACUUGGACCAACACAUUCAGCAUCCUGCUGUCCUCUUGUCCAUCCUUCAACUAAUGGAACGGGGCACAAUGGUGCUGACCACCAAUUACGACAAUUUACUUGAAAUCUUUGGGCAACAGCAGCAUAAAGCUAUGGAAUCGCUUGACCUGAAAGAUAAAGACAAGGUUCUCCAAUGGGCCAAAGGUCUCCUCAGAUAUGGUGUCCUUCAUAUUCAUGGUUUGUACACUGAUCCCUGUGGAAUGGUGCUGGAUCCCUCAGGAUACCAGGAAGUGACUCAAGACCCUGAAGUGAUGGAAGCACUACAGAACCUAUACCGGAGGAAAUCCUUUUUGUUUGUGGGCUGUGGGGAGACCCUGCGUGAUCAAAUCUUUCAAGCUCUCUUUCUCUACAUGCUUAAAAACAAAGUGGAACUAGAACAUUACAUGUUGGUGCGCAAAGAAAAUGAAGACCAGUUCUUUAAAUUUCAGGCCGAUAUGCUUGUGCAUGGCAUAAAAGUCGUGUCCUAUGGGGAUUGCUUUGAAGAUUUCCCAGGGUAUCUCCAGGAUCUCACUGCACAGAUCUGCAAACAAAUAAGUCCAGAUGCAGACAGGGUGGAUAGCACAACCCUUUGGGGGACAUCCUGCGCAGAUUGCACAAAAAGGUUAGGAGAGAGUGGGAACGACCGGGCCAAGAAGGCUAGAUAUCCGAAGGAUGAUCCUGCUGAAGAUGGUGUCCUCCUGUGACUAUAUCAGACCAGGCCUUGAGAAACACCUCCUGACUUUGGCCAUUUGCAUCUGCUGGGAGUCAAAUAAUGGAUAGGUGUAGAUUUCUUACAAUGUCUGCUUGGGAGGGUGAGAUCCUUAUAAAUAUCAUAUCCAAUAACAUUUCAUAGCUGUUCUUAGGGACGAGCAAAUUUCUAAAUAUCUCAGGGAUGAAAUCUUGGAAAAGAGGGAGGUGUGGCCUCUGAAAUAUCAUUUAGUUUUUAACUUUUAAUUCCUCCCAUCUUAUUUUAAUCCAUGCACUGUAAGUUAAACACAGGAAGCCUGUCCCUUCUCUUGAAGGGCUACACGACUGCAAAAGAUCAGUGGCUAUAUGCUAGUAGUGUUUCUGAAUUUUGGUAACUUGAAGAUGUGUGGACUUCAACCCCUAGAAUUCCUCAGCCAGCCUGGUGGGAGGAAUUCUGGGAGUUAAAGUCCAUAUACAGUAUCUUAAAGUUGCCACAGUUGAGAAAUACUAUUCUAAUGUAACAAGGUUUAUAUCAGUGGUGACGAACCUAUGGCACGGGUGCCAGAGGCAGCACUCGGAGCCCUUUCUGUGGGCACGCGUGCUGUUGCCCCAGCCUUGCCUCCCCCCACGACCCCCUCCUCUCCAGCAGCCCC